AUGACCAUGACCAUGGUCCCGACUCGGGCAGACGACGUGGUUUCGACAUCUCAGCCGACUAUCUCCAGGAAUAGCAUCACCCAGCAUUAUCACCAUUCAUCCCACGUAGUAACACAAGCACCCACUUCAGACACCCGGGCGGACCUAGUGACGACGCAGAAUAUCUCUGAUCCCCUGUGCCAACAUGGACUGAACCCCGCUGCGUCUUCCUCCGCCCAGCUUGACUUGCUCAGGAAUGCAGACGCUGCCCAGGGGCAGCGCUUUAUUCAGACGUGGCAGUUCUAUUCCAGGCCCCAAGAUUCUCCGAUCCAGGAUCAUGAGAUGAAGGACUCCGCAGUAGGCGUGGCCGAGGACCAUAGUGGGAAUGCGGAGCCCUACAUGAUUUCCGGAUACGAAGUCGGCGUCGGCCGUUCCACGAGUACUCCCAGGGAGCCAACAACUGGAGAACCUUACUCUGCGUCAACGGAUCCGGUAUACAAUAGUCAGCAAUGGUGGGAGCUCCCACGGACUGUUCCGAUGGAGUCGCAGUAUGGGCUCUUUGAAGAGAGAAGUCGAUAUUACACGACAUGCGGCGUGGCUCAAUCCCAGUAG